GAAGAAAAUAAUAAGAUAUUUUAAAUCUUCACCUUCUAUUCUCUUUCUCUUCCCUCACCCCCAAGAGGUGAUUGUGAUGACCUGAAUUUGGUGGCUACUUUUUUCAAGUACACUGUUUAUGUUGUCACUACAUAGUAUGGAACCAGAAAGAAAACUAGAAGACCAUGGCAAGUUUAGACUGGGGAUACGAUGCCCAAAAUGGUCCUGAGCAAUGGAGCAAGUUGUAUCCCAUUGCCAAUGGAAAUAACCAGUCUCCUAUUGACAUCAAGACCAGCGCAACCAAACGUGACACCUCUCUGAAACCCAUCAGUGUCUCCUACAAUCCAGCAACUGCCAAGGAAAUUAUCAAUGUGGGACACUCCUUCCAUGUGACUUUUGAUGACAAUGAUAACCAAUCAGUGCUGAAAGGUGGUCCUCUCUCUGACAGCUAUAGACUCAAUCAGUUCCAUUUUCACUGGGGCAGUACCAAUGAGUAUGGUUCUGAGCACACAGUGGAUGGAGUCAAAUAUGCUGGAGAGUGUCACAUUGUUCAUUGGAAUUCUGCAAAGUAUCCUAGCAUUAGAGAAGCAAUCUCCAAGGCUGAUGGUUUGGCGAUUAUUGGUAUUCUGAUGAAGGUUGGUCAGGCCAACCCAAAGCUCCAGAAAAUACUUGAGGCUCUAAAUGCAGUUAAAACCAAGGGCAAACGAGCCCCGUUUACAAAUUUUGACCCCUCCACUCUCCUUCCCUCUUCCCUGGAUUACUGGACCUAUGCUGGCUCUCUGACUCAUCCUCCUCUCCAUGAGAGUGUAACCUGGCUCAUCUGUAGAGAGACCAUCAGCAUCAGCCCAGAACAGCUGGCACAGUUCCGCAGUCUUCUUUCAAAUGCUGAAGGAGAAAACCCUGUCCCUAUACAGCACAACAACCGACCACCCCAGCCUCUGAAGGACAGGACUGUGAGAGCUUCGUUCUGAUUGGCWUAAGAAGGAGGUUAUCCUCUCUCAAGAGACGGUCCUGCAGCUGACAUGAUCCAGUAAAAUAAUGAUUUUUAGGAAACAAGUUUAUUUCAAUAUUAACAAGAUAGUAUGCCUGCAACAUUUAAUCUAUAGAACUAAAACAACAUUAAUUUUAGGUCCUAAAGCCUCAGAUAAAAAUCUGUAAGCCUGCAAAUAUGUAAUCUAUAUGCAGAA